AUGUUCAUGCAGUACAUACAGAAGAUAGACGUGGUGAUCCAAAACAACUCAGCUUCAAUCCAUAAUCUUGAGGUGCAAAUCGGUCAGCUCUCAAGCAUGCUCACAGAAAGAACUGCAGGAACUUUGCCAAGCAACAUUGUCACCAAUCCGAAAGAAUAUGUAAAGGCAAUAUCAUUGAGAAGUGGACGAACAUAUAAGGAGCCAAAAGUAACAAAUGCCAAACAAGAUGAAGCUGUAGAUAAUGAGGAGUCAAAGAUGAAGGAAGCCGAGUCAGAUAUGAAAGAAGUGGAGCAAGCUGAGAAGAUUAAGGAGAAUGAAAAAGCUUCAAAAUCCAAAAGAUCCAGGGAAGUUACUUUUGAGACUUAUUCUCCUUCAAUUUAUGAUCCACCAAUUCCUUUUCCACAAAGAUUAAGAAAAAAUAAUGUGGAUGAUCAGUUUUCUAAAUUUUUAAGUAUAUUUAAGCAAUUGCAUAUUAAUAUUCCUCUCAUUGAAGCUUUGGAACAAAUGCCUAAAUAUGUUAAAUUUUUUAAGGAUAUUAUAUCAAAGAAGCGGAAAUUGGAGGAGCAUGAAAUAGUAAUGCUGACAGAGGAGAGUAGUGCAAUCUUACAAAAGAAAUUACUGCCUAAGUUGAAAGAUCCGGGGAGUUUCACUAUCCCUUGCACUAUAGGAAAAUCUUAUUUUGAUAGAGCUUUAUGUGAUUUAAGGGCAAGUAUUAAUCUAAUGCCUCUCUCUGUUUUCAGGAAAUUGGGUCUUGGAGAAGUAAAGCCGACCACUAUCUCUUUACAAUUGGCGGAUAGAUCUAUUAAAUAUCCAAGAGGAGUCAUUGAGGACGUAUUAGUAAAAGUUGACAAGUUCAUCUUCUCGGCUGACUUCAUUGUCCUUGAUAUGGAUGAGGAUGAGGAGAUCCCUUUGAUAUUGGGUCGACCUUUCCUUGCGACGGGGAGAACCUUAAUUGAUGUCCAGCAAGGAAAACUUGUUUUAAGGGUCAGAGAAGAUGAGGUCACUUUUGAUGUAUUUAAGCCUAUGAAAUUUCCUUUCGAGACACAUUCUUGUUUUCAAAUAAGUGACCGAGACGUGAUCAUGGCCGAUGAGACUUAUGCAAUUGAUUUUCUAAAGUUACCACUUGAGGUAUGUCUUACUCGCUCUACACUUGUUAAAUUCAAAGAUGAAGAAGUCAAAGAGUGUGAAAGAUAUUUGGAGGCUACACCACUCUUUCCUCCUUCAAUGCAACCAAAAGUGGAAGACUUAAAAUCAUGUUAG